ACAAAACGACGGGCGUAAGGAAUAUAAUCAUGUUUCGGCCAAUGAUGAGUAAUAUGGUUGUGUAUAAGCUGAAACAAAGGCUACAACAUGUGUGUGAUAUGAGCAAUUUGCACGGCAUUAAACACAUUUGUUCCUCAUCAAACAUAUAUUGGCCUAAAAGAUUUUUUUGGCUUACAAUACUAUCAGCGUGUUGCUUUGGUGCUGGGUCUGUCCUUAGAUCAUCUUUACGUUUGCUAAGUUCCGAUGUAAUGUCAUAUUCUGUAGACACAAAUUACUUGGAUUGGGAUACACCAUACCCCGCUGUAACGGUAUGCGAACAGCUUGAUACAAAUCGUAUAAUGACGUAUCUGAAGAGAAACGAUCUCCCUAAUUCCCUCUCAACAUUUUUCAAGGAAGUAACAUUCUGGAAUAUGAAGUACUGUCGAACGUGUACAAAGUGCGAUAUGAAUAAGACGUGUGUUGAGGGAUUUGUAGAUGAUAUUAAGAGGAUUAGACUGAAUUGUUCCAACCUGCUUUCAGAGUGUUGGUGGGAUAACCAAUAUUUUCCGUGUUGUGACAGAUUUCAACCGGUAGAAACGGAAUACGGAGAAUGUUUUAGCUUUAAUUCUGUAGUGAAUGAGAACACUGUACUGACAGUUAAUAAGGAAACUGGGACACCAAGUUUGAUUUUUACCACCGUUGAUGCUAGUAUGAUACGAAUACACGCGUCCGAUGAAAUUGUUUCCGUUGACAUGGAAAAUAUUUUAGGACGUACUAGCACAUUGCCUCUACUCGCGAAUCUAGAAGCAAUAUUGAAAGUAGAACAGACGGUAAACGACGCAUCUGUUAGAUCUGUAUCAACAAAAUUACGUAGUUGUUUGUUCAAGAACGAAAAGCCUUUAUAUGUCAAGAACUGGCCUUUUAAACUCUAUACAUAUAGUGCAUGUAAGCUUUACUGCAAAGCCCACAGUCAAUAUAAUUAUUGUAACUGUACUCAUCACUUUGUAUCUAAUCUAGUUAACUUACCUGCCUGCGAUGUAAAUGGAUUGGCCUGCUUAAGUAAUAACAAAGAUGAGAUUGGAAAGUUCAACUGUAGUUGUCCCAUGGGAUGUGAUGAGACAUCAUACAAAGUGACGCACGUAUUUUACAAUCGUUCCAGUAAAGCAGAGAAUGUUGUGCGUUCGUCUCGUAGUGUAGUUACAUUUGGUCAGCUUCCCACUAUGAUAGUCAGACGAUUCGCUAUACGAGACAAUCUUGGACUUUGGACAUCGGUGGCGUUGGGGGCGUAUUUUUCGGCGCUUCACUCCUUAGUCUAAUUGAAUUCGUUUACUUAUUUUGUAUACGGCGGUAAUAUGGUAAUAUCAUAUUAAUGUUAUGUUAAUUAUUAAAAAUGACCGCUUAGAAGCUUUAAAGA